UAAAAAUUAAACUGGAUCAAGCUGUGCUUUGAAUGCAAUCUAGGGGUUAUUUUUAUUUAUAAAUUAUUAACGGGGUUCACAUUUCACUUUCAAAUUGAAAAACCUAGAUAUUUUACUAUCAGAAUUUGGAAUAAUAAUAUUGGAACAAGAUGUCGCAUCAAAAACGCCGUGAGAAACCCAAUAAGGAAUCGCGAUGGGAUCGCAUCCGCAAGAGGCAUCAGCAGACAAGUGCUUUGGGCCUGAAGACGGAUGCAGUGCGUCGCCUUAUCGAGGCGGAUUAUGUUGGAAGGCGACAGGAGCGCCUUCUGAUCGAAGGAGAAGAUCCCAAGCAGCUGAAUCCUAGUGUUAUUAUGGACAUGCGGCAUAAGAUGUUUCAAAAGAUACCACACAAACUACCGCUGGCCACCCUGGCCCAUGACCACGGCCACUCCCUGGAGGCCACCAAGGCUCACAACCUGGAGGUGGAGCAGCGAUUCAUCGACAACCAGCUGCAGAAGUUCCGCCAGCAGUUGUCCAGGCAGUUCCAGCGCAGCAAGUCCCACCGCGUGCCGCCGACCAAGCCGGACUUCAAGCUGAACAAUGGACCCCUGGUGAAGAGUCUGGCCCAGGCUGCCCAGCACAUUGAUAACUUUUACAGCACUCCCGUCCAGGCCUUGGGUCAGAUGGCCCAAAUGUGCUCGGAAUCCAAGGCAGCGGCCACCAAGAGCCUAAUCCAGCAACUGAGAUCCGAGCCGGAAAAGGAGGCGGACAUGGAUUGUGAGUGGGCGGAGCAGCAGGCGCAGGUGAGGGAGCUCCCCACCUUCCUGGAGGAGCAAGUGAUAUCCUUUGAUGCCCUGGAGUAUCGCAACUUCACGAAGCAAGUCCAGGCGGAUGAGAGCAAGGCGAAACUCCUGCGCUGCCGCACACCGAGUCCGUUGACCUCCACGGAGGAGUUCUUUAGGCCCAUGCGGGCGGCGGCCGAGCGGCAGAUGCUUCAUGUCCGCACCGUUCGGCACGAGGAGGAGCUGCAGCAGGAGCAGCAACAGCCAGAUUGUAAUCCUUCCCCGCUAAAAAGGGAAUCCUCCACCUGCUCCAACACCAGCGAUGGCAUAGACUCCGUAAUAUCCGAUCUGGCGGAGGAAGCGCUCUACGAACUCCAACUGGAAGCUGCUGAGGAGCAAAACGAACAGCUGGCCAAGGAGUUGCCCAUUCCGCCCAAGCAGGUGCAGUUUCAGUUGCCCCAAAAGAAAACCCCCACACCAAGCACCCAUCCCAUUGGGGAAUCAGAGGCCGAGCCCGAACCGGAACCCCUGCUCAUCCGGCGGAUUGAAUUGCCCAAGGUGGUGGUCAAGCCCAAGGUACCUGAUACCCCGCCACUAUCCAGUGACAGUGAAGACGAGUCGGGUGUGGCACCCACCUACGAGAAGCAGAAGAUCAUCGACCAGCUGUUCCAGGCCAGGGCCAACACCCAGCUGGUGAUCAUGCGCAAGUACUUCCUCAAGUGGAUACACUUUACAACGAUGGAGAAGAUCGAGCGGGAGCAGGGACCCACCUCCUAUCAGGCGCGGGACAAUCGGGUGCAGAAGAUCAACGCGUUUCUGGACAAGGUGCGGCAGGAGAAGAAGCGACAGCGCACUGAAACGGUGGCCGAGACCAGUAAGAUCACCCAGAAGUCCCUGGAGCAGCGUGAGGAGGCCGUAAAACUGGCCAAGCAGUUCAAGAAUAAACUCAAGGUGCAGCAGGACAUCAUUGACCUGCAGCGUCUCAAGCUGGAGCGCCAGGAGCGGCUCAUCAUGCAGCUGAAGCUGACCAAGCUCAGCGACGAGGCCAAGGAAGCUCGCGAGGAUCUCAAGCAGGAGCUGAAAACGGUCAUCCGCUGCGGGGAUCCCAAGGCCAAGGCGAAGGCCAAGUGCCUGCAGUUGAUCGGCAGUCUGCGCGAUGCGGAUGACGAGGAGAUGGCCCGGCUGCAGGGCAAGGCACUGCUCCAGCCGCGAUUCCUGCAGCACAUGCAGGAGCGGGCCACCGAGCGGAGUGUGCGUCACGAGCAGGCUCGUCAGCGGCGGGCACAGGCGGAAGCCGAGAGGGAGGCGGCCAAGGUGGCCCUGGAGGAGGCCAAGCGCCAGGAGGACGAAGAAGCCAAGCGUCUGCGGAUAGAGGUCCUUAAGGAGAAGCGACGCCAGGAGAAAAUGGCCAAGGUCCUAAAGGAGCGGGAACGCCAGCGCUUCAUAGACAACCAGCGCAAGGCAGUGGAGUUCAGUCGACGGCUUCUGCUCAGCCGGAUCGGCAUGGAGGGCUUCAAGCGGCUCCUGCAGCGCAAGCGCGAGAAUCUGGUCAAGAGCGAGGAGUUCCGUUGUCAGCUAUUCAAACGGAACGCCUUCCAGUCGUGGCACAAUUACACGGUCUAUAAGCAACGUGAAAAGAUGAUCCGAGCGGAGAGGUGCUGGCACACCAUCCUCAAGAGACGCGCCCUGUGCGCCUGGAUCGUUUACGUGCAGAAUGAGAAGAGCAAGAUGCUGGUGGCCAUCGAUUGGCAUGCACUCCAUGCCAUGGAGCACUGGUUCGGACGCUGGUACAAAUACUCCGCGCGAUGUCGAAUGAUCGAGGACACCAAGACGCGGCAGGCCAUCUCCCAUCACGAGUGGCACCUGAAGUGGAAGGUCUUAGAUUGCUGGCGGCGCCUGCCACAGAUCCUCAAAAUCGAAAGGGAGACGGAGGAGCGGCGCCAGCGAUGGCGCAUGAAGAUCUGGGAGCUGCUGCCCGAUUACAAACCGAGAGAGGAUAGCUUGUGGUAG